ACUCGACAUCCUCAGACCCUCUUUGCCAUUUGAACUCUUUGGUCUACAACUCUCCCAUUAAUGAGCAGGUAACUCGCUGUUCUUGUUACUUUCGGUCUUACAUGGUCCCAUAGUCGCUGUCCCAAAUCCACAAUGGCGCCAGGGGAUUUGAUUGACUUUGAUUUGAUAGAGGCACAAAAGGAAAAUGUUCAAUCCCUUCCUGGUGGACGGUCAGCGAGGGCACUUGCUGCUGUUCUCUCUGGAGGCCCUGGUGGUGCUUCAUCACUAGGACUAGAUGAAACCAGAUCUUUUAAUGAUUCAAUCCGCCGAGAAUACGAAGUCGAACUUCAAUCCAUCGCCGAAUCUGACGACCCGCUGGAUAUAUAUGACCGCUACGUGAAGUGGACUUUGGAUGCAUAUCCAUCAUCACAGGCUACACCACAAUCUGGUCUUCUUCCACUACUGGAGCGUGCGACGAAAGCGUUUUUGUCGUCGACCCAUUAUAAGAACGACCCACGAUAUCUGAAACUCUGGCUACAUUAUAUUCGAAUUUUCUCCGAUGCACCACGAGAGACAUUUGCGUUUUUGGCGCGACAUGGUGUCGGAGAGAAUCUUGCCCUAUUUUACGAAGAAUUUGCUUCCUGGUUAGAAAGUGCUGGGCGGUUUACACAGGCAGAGGAGAUUUAUAUACUAGGGCUAGAACGAGAGGCGCGACCCACUGAACGAUUACUACGAAAAUUCAAUGAAUUUCGAGCCCGGCUUGAACAUCAGCCACGGCCCUCAGACGGACCAUCCUCACCUGCUUUGCCCAAGGUGCGGCCAGCCUUGGCAGCGAAAAUCGACCCCUUCGCUUCCACUGCGCCGUCGCCCGUUGACCCCCAAGCACCAACACCAGCAGCCGCCAGAGGUCCGACAUCCAAGAGGUCUGGAAAGCCAAAGAUGGCGAUUUUCUCCGAUGCCGAUAGCACGCAAGAUGGUGGAAAACCGCUGGCCGGUAGUGAAGCAAAGGGUUGGGAGAGUAUUGGGUCGCUGCAUGAUCGCAGGAAGGAGAAUACAGUGGAGGCGAAACCUUGGGUCGGGGAAACAUUGAAAUCAGGGAAACGGGUUGGAACAGUACAAAAGAUGGAGGUGUUUAAGGAUAAGACAUCUACAUCACCGUCCUCACCUGGACGUCUUCAAGCAAUAAUAUUAAACAAUAUACCUCUCCCUCGCAAUGAGAAAGAAACAGUCAAUCCCAGAACUGGUAAAGUUGAACGAGUAUAUGUCAACCUUGAGGCUAUAUAUCCUGACCCUGAUAACCCGCUCGUUGAAAUGAGUCUUGAAGAGCUCCGAGCAUACAGUCGGGGAUGGAUGGACAAAAAUUGGUCGAAAGAAGAAAAGGAACCUUUGAUGGAGAUAUCUGGCAAUGUUCCAUACAGGGAUCCUUUUGCCCACGGGGAAGAUGAGGUGGUUAAAAACAUAUCAACCAAAUUGAAGGAGAAGCUUGUAGUUCACGAACAAUCCACGCAACCAGAUGAUACCCAUGGCACGGAAAUCAGCUGUGAUGGAAAAGGAUCGAAAUCGAGACGUCUCAAAGUUCGAGAAAUCAAGGGAGAAACGAAGAUAGGCAAGUUCUUUUGCUAUUAUCAUUCCUUUAGGGCUUUAAGAAUAAGAACCAACCUGGAAUCGCCGACUGGCCCAAAAAUAAAACGCAAAAAUACAUCCGAACCCACCAUGACGUUCCAUACUCGAGCUGCUACGGACGAAAUAUAUAGCAUUUUCAACCAGCCACUUAAGUCGGAAACUGCUCGAGAACAGGCAGAGAGUCUUUGUGGUAGUGACUACGAAGACGAUGACUACACAAGUGCUGGGGAGAGCACAUGUACAGGGAGGAUAUCAGGAACCCCCAGCGAGAUUGGAGAGGACGAGACAACUACUUUCAGAAAGACAAGGGAUGACGAUAAUUUCGAGGAAGAUGAGACACGAGCUGAGAGUGUUGGUGUUAGUGACUGGACAGAAUUCACCGCCAGCCGACACAUCCCAAGCGUUUACCAUGAAGAAUUCAAUGAACAAACCCAAGAUAUAACACAACCACACACUCUAAAUACUGAAUCCAUGACAGCCGGAACUCAUCCUGACUCCUCCAUAACUAACCCUGCUCCACAUGGUAUUUCCACCCCAGCAGCUGGAAACUCUCAAAGUAGGAAUAAGUUUGUGCCUGUUCCUCCUGAAGACUUCAAUGCGCCUUCAGGUCCCUACAGGGACGCAGCGAUAAUGGCCCAGAACCGACUACCAUUUAUGACGCCAAUUGUGGAAAUGACGGAAUCGUCGUUUGGUUCAACGACAUUCAAAGGAAAGCAGUUUGCGAAUACGAAAACUCCCUCGAGAAAGGUUGUGCCUUCAACCCCUAUGAUACCGGAGAUGGACGACUUGCUCCUGAGUAGCCCAUUCCAUGAAUUCACCCAAUCGAACGAUACUCUGUUUUCGUCUUUGCCUGAGGAGAGUUCUCCGAGCCGUCUUGCGAAGAAGCUGAAGGCCUCACCAAUGAAGACAAAGUCACCCUGCAAAUCGAAGCUGAUCAUUGACGAAUGUCAAUGCAAUCCAAUAGAACCGAAAAUUAGAGAGAAAAUUCUCAAAAGCAUAUAUCCCUCCCUUCAUACAUAUCCGGGCUACCAUGACCAUGGUAGCCAAAAAGCAUGCCGCGCCUCUGACAUACGGAAAUACAUCAAAAGUAUCUCGAAACACUCUAAGGUGGCCGGAACCGACCGCUCAGCCAUAACACCCCCGGUUCUCUGUUUUCCAGGUGCAAACCGGAGUUACGCUAUCAAUCAAGAGUUGGGGGAAGGUGGCUUUGCUCCUGUAUACCUGGUUGAAAGUGUUGACUCACCAGACACUUUCACCUCCGAUUCUGAGCGAGAAAAUGGUGACAGAAUUGCGAAUAAUAAACGUCAACAUUCUUCGAGUGGGAGCCCCUUUAAACCUCAACGGGAUGCUGACCGUCGGGGCCUGGAGGCAAUUAAGGUGGAAUCAGAGACCCCUUCUGCUUGGGAGUUCUACAUGCUUCGAAUUGCGCAUGCACGCAUUGGCUCAUCCCCGAUUUAUAGUCGGGCAACGGACAGCAUUGUAAGGGCACAUGAAAUGCAUAUUUUCAAAGACGAAGGCUACCUUGUGGAAGAUUAUCAAAACCAAGGGACCCUGAUUGACCUUGUUAAUGUUACUAGUAAUGGCUCUUCCGUAUCGAUGGAGCAAGGACUCGAUGAGACUGUGGUUAUGUUUUUCGCUGUGGAGCUAUUUCGUACCGUGGAAGCUCUGCAUGCCUGCGGUAUCCUCCAUGGCGACCUGAAAGCGGACAAUUGUCUUGUCAGGUUAGGCAAACAUCUCGCCUCCCGCGCAUCCGCCCUAGAAGACGGCUCUUAUUUGAACUCCCAGACAGGCUAUUCGCCUACAGGCGCAGGUGGCUGGCUAAAUAGGGGAAUAACCUUGAUUGACUUUGGCCGCGCGAUUGAUAUGCAAGUCUUCCCAAGAAAUGUCCAGUUCAUUGCAGACUGGAAAAUCGGUGCACAUGAGUGUUCGGAGAUGCGAGAAUGCCGGCCUUGGACAUACCAAGUCGAUCUGUACGGGCUCGCGGGUACCAUUCAUAUUCUCCUAUUUGGCAAGUAUAUGGAGGUUACGCCCGCCACUGCUAAUCGGACCUCUUGUGGGGAGAACGGAAAUAUGAGUAUGCCUGGUGCUGGAGGACUUGGAGCCAAAAAGUUAUAUCGUAUCAAGGAGUCUCUAAAACGUUAUUGGGAGCGGGAGCUCUGGGCUGAGGUUUUUGACCUAUGUCUUAACCCUCAAGGCGAAAAGUGGAUGCGGAUGGAGAGAGGGAUUGUCACACCGCCAGGAUCGGAUAUUGAUGGGGAAAAUGGAAGUCUUACUGCUGAUAAUGACGAUCGUACUCCCACGCUGCCAGUUCUGAAUUCAAUGAAGUAUAUUCGGGAGAAGAUGGAGGGGUGGCUUGUGGCGAAUGCGGAAAAGAAGGGGUUAUUGGCACAGCUAGCGAAACUGGAGAAGCUAGUUGCCAAGUAA